AUGUCGGCUAAUCCUGAUAAAAAAAAUAUGGACUCUAUAUCCGAUGAAAUUUCUACCAUCAUGGUUAUUGAAGAUGGUUUAAAGUGUGCUGCCAUCUCUCAACCUAUUCAUAAAUCUGGAAUCUCUUUUAAUGAUGAUUUUAAACCUCUUUCGGCUGAGGUCGCUGAACAAAGGUUAACGACUUAUGGAAAGAACGUUAUUGCCGCGUAUCAACCGUUACGAUGGUACGUGGUAUUGUAUAACUCGGCUGUUCAUCCUUUCAACGUCAUCUUGAUAGGACUUGCAAUUUUUUCUGGUGCGACCCAAGAUUUUACUACAAUGACAAUUUUAUUGUUCAUGGUUGUAUUAUCUGUUGGGAUUCGAUUCAUUCAAGAGUAUAAGAGUGAAGUUGCAGCUCAAGCUCUCAAAAAUAUGGUUAGCAACCGUACUUCUGUUAUCCGACUUUAUACUCCACCAGAUUAUCGUGAUCCAACUUUUGAAGAUUUAGAAAGAAUGGAUCGUGGCGAAACAGUUGAAUUAGAUAUUCCAUUAGAAGAUGUGGUCCCGGGUGAUUGGGUCAAACUUUCUGCUGGUGACCUAGUUCCCGGUGACGUACAAUUAAUUUCAUCAAAAGAUCUUUUCGUUUCUCAAGCUUCAUUAACAGGUGAAGCUAUUCCAGUUGAAAAAUUUACUAUAGAUCAAAAACAACCUCCAGUUAUACCAGAUUUAGGUGAAAACCUUAAAAUGGAUAAAUCAGAAAUUGAUCGUCCUGAUCUUUGUUUUAUGGGAACUUCAGUUGUAAGUGGAACAGCUACUGUUGUUGUUCUCAAAACUGGUUCAAAUACUUUCUUUGGUGUUAUGGCAAAAGCUCUUGCUAAUAGACGAUCAACUAAUGCUUAUCAAGUUAGUAUUCGUCGUAUUAGCUUUAUGUUUAUUGGAGUUAUGUUGGCUAUGAUGCCUCCAGUUAUAUUAUUACAAGGUUUUUUAAAAGGAAGUUGGAGAGAUGCUGUGUUAUUUGCUGUUUCCGUUGCCGUUGGUUUAACUCCUGAAAUGUUG